AGGCAGAAUGAACAGACUUUCAUCAUUAUUAUAUAUAACCAGUGCUAUAAGGAAAACCCUUGAGGAUUGAGUGCCCAUUUUCUCCCUCUGAGAUAGCUUCACAGACAGUUCCAUGCAUGAAUAACUUUACUGCUGACAUGUACCGGCAUACAGCAGCCCUUGGCAGUAUUGUGAUUCAGUGAUGGCUCAGUACUACGUGUAGCAUAUGGCAGGAAUAGGGGCGGGGCUAUGUAAGGUAGGGAAGCCUUCAGGUACAGUCCCUCCCUUGCUCUCCCUCCCCCAUGUAAACUCUAGGACAGUUCCACCCACUCCCAUAUAAACUGUAAGUGUGUAACUCUGGGACAGGAGCACUCGCUCCCAUAUAAAGUGCAUUUGUGACUCAGGGACAGUGCUUGGGCAAGGAGAAGCCAUGGCCGAUUCCCAGGUGGAGUGCCUGCAAGACGAUCAUGUUAAUAGGAAGGUGACAGAGGAUAUGUGCCAGUUCUAUUACAGUGAGGAGCACCGGCGCUGUCUGGAGGUGCUUUCCCAGCAUGGGAUUCAGAGUUACAGGGAGUACAUUAAGGAGUUGAAUAUUAGGGGCUUCCUAUCCACCAAGGAACUCAUUGACUUGAAGAAUUCAUGGAAAAAAUACGACACUGAGCCAAAAAGCCCCAAAAAGGCAAAGCCAAAGUCCAACAAGCUAGACCUGGAGCCCAAAGAGGAAAAAGUCUCUCUGCAAUACUGGCCUGAUAAGUCCGAUACGGAAAUCCCACCCCUGGACCUUGGCUGGCCUGAGAAUGGUUUCUAUAGAGGGGUCUCCCAGAUGCUGGUGUAUACCCACCCACCCAAAGAGAAUGCUCCCACCAUCAAGGCUGUAAUUAGGGACCUCAUCCAGACAGCCAAAAAGGUUAUUGCCAUUGUUAUGGACUACUUUACAGACCGGGAAAUAUUUAAAGAUGUACUGGAUGCUGCUGACAAGCGGAGAGUCCCUGUUUACAUGAUUCUAGGAGAAGAGGGAGUGAAGCAUUUCUUGGAGAUGUGUGAAAUGAUGCAGCUAUCAAGCUUUAUGCUUCGGAAUGUACGAGUCAGGUACGUUACAGGGGUGGGAGUUUACCUGCCAUAUGGGAAGAUCAGUGGCUGCCUGACACACAAGUAUCUCAUGGUGGAUGGAGAUAAAGUGGCUUCUGGCUCUUUCAGGUUUACAUGGAGUUCUUUAAGGGUUGACCGGAGCAUUAUGACUCUCCUGUCUGGAAACCACACAGAACCAUUUGACAUUGAGUUCCGUGAGCUUUACACCAUCUCAGAGGAAGUCAAUCUAUACAAAGAGCUAAGCCUUUCAAACUAUCAGUCAAGCCCCAUGAUAGGGGCCAGAGCACGUUCCUCCACUGUUGCUCGCAAGCUCAUCAACCCCAAGUACUCUUUGGUGGUGGGACGGAGCCCUGCUCCUGGGGAGAUGCUACGCUUUGGUACCCCGAAUCCUCCAGCAGAAGGAGAAGAUGGAAAAAGUGAAGGGGAAAAGAGAAUGGACAAGUUCCUGGAUGACUUAAUUUCUAUAGAGCAGGAGUCACCAGAGAUUGUAAAUUUGGAUGACCUUCCACAAUCAUUACCAAUCAAGAAAGAAACUAGAAAAUUCGUAGAAGAUUCUCUAAGUCCCAAACCAAGCAAAAAAGUUUCCAAAUUUUUCUCUCUCAAGAAACGCCCUCAGCUAGACAGAGUGGUAGACGGGGACUUUGUUGUUGUGAAUAAACCAACACCUGAGUCAAGCAACAGUAGAGGCCACAGUAAUAUAGAUCUGAGGAGUUCAGUUAACUCCAGCCCCACUAAAAGUGAGAAGCCGAAGACUGCAGAAAAGUGCAUCAUUUCCUGAAGAAUCGUCUUAUGUUCUGUGAAAAUUGUACAUAUAUUUAUUUAAAAACAUAAAAUAAAAAAUAUAACUGGAAAAUCUCAGGAAAGGAAUGUGCCAGGAUGCUCUAGGCCAAUAUUAAAGGUAAAGUCUAGCAAAAAUUCUCCUAGCCAUCGUGUUUCAUAGAGGAGGGUGAUUUAAAAAGGGAACCAGAUCAUUUAUACUGAUCAAAUCUAAAAUAUGCGGUGGAUGAGCGUGUGGUCUGUAGAAAUUAUAAUCCCUGAGAGGCAGGGGUAAUGCCAUACUCUCAUACAAAAGGUUAUUCAUGCCACUCACUUAAUGUAAGGUGUGGUAUCAAGUAACAUAUGUAUAUACCUGAAAGACCUGGCUGCUUGCCCUGUCUGGCAGAAAUUGCCCUAGCGCACACAAGGGACAUUAGGGUACAUCAGGUGCAAAGGUGAAGUUGCUAUAUCACUAAAUGGCAGGGGGCAGUGGGCACUUCUCCACUAGCAGAGAAAAUACGAUAUUCAGUGCGUGUAUGGCAACUCUGCGAGGCGGGUUAAAAGAUUUUCAGUGGGCGCCAUUGGAGGCGC